CUCAGUAGUAGGACAAAAGUAGCCGGCAAACUGCAUCCAUCAGAGGUCUGACUUCAGUCAGAACUUAGAAAGUUUUACAGAGACGCUGUUGGAGGACCUGACUGAUCCUAGAUCUGAUCAGAGCUGGACUCAGCAGACAGAAAAGAGUGCUGGGAAGGUGCUUCCUCUCUCCUGCCUCGCAUAAACAACAAUGGCCGACCGAUUUGACUGUGACAGCUGUAAAGAAUCUCUGUAUGGUCGCAAGUACAUCCAGUCGGAUGAGAAACCCUACUGCAUCCCCUGCUAUGACAACCUGUAUUCAAACACCUGUGAUGAAUGCAAAGAGCUGAUUGGCCAUGAAUCACGGGAGCUCUUCUACGAGGACAGGCAUUACCACGAGCACUGCUUCCGUUGUUUCCGCUGCGAUCGCUCCCUGGCAGACGAGCCGUUCACCAGCCAGGACGACUCGCUGCUCUGCAACGACUGCUACUGCAACGAAUUCUCCUCCAAGUGUGUGGCAUGCGACAAGAUUGUCAUGCCAGGCUCAAGAAAACUGGAGUAUGCAGGCUCCACAUGGCACGAGGGCUGCUUCAUCUGUCACAGCUGCGAAGAGCCGAUUGGCUCCAAGUCUUUCAUCCCAGACAAGGAUGAGCACUACUGUGUGCCCUGCUACGAGGAUAAGUUCGCUCCACGCUGCACGCGGUGUAAAAAGGCUCUGGCUAAAGGUGGUGUGACCUACCGGGACGAGCCGUGGCAUAAGGAGUGUUUUGUGUGCACCAGCUGUAAGACGCAGCUGGCGGGUCAACACUUCACCUCCAGAGAUGACAACCCCUAUUGCCUCAAGUGCUUUGGCAACCUUUAUGCCAAGAAGUGUGAGGCUUGCAGCAAACCGAUCACAGGUUUUGGUGGGGGAAAGUACAUCUCGUUUGAAGAGCGCCAGUGGCAUCAGCCGUGCUUCACCUGUUCUCAGUGCUCCGUCUCACUCGUGGGCGCUGGCUUUUUCCCUGAUGGGGACCGGAUCCUGUGUCGUGGCUGCCACAGCAGCCUAUAGACCUCUCGUUCACCAUAGUCUCACCAGUUGUUCCAUUUUUUUCCACUUUUACAGCUUUUCAAAAAACCCAAGUUAAUGUCAAGGAGGGUAAUGCAGGCUAGAUGAAAUGAAAUCCUGCCUCAGAUUCCUUUAUGGCCUUUUUCGUCCGCAGCUGUGCACAUGUUGAUGCUGCAUUGUUUGUCUAAAUUACCUUAAAGAAUUCCUCUUUAACAUGAAAGUUAAGGGAGUGCCUUAUUAAAAACUGAUUUUCUAUGCUCAAAAUGCUUGUCACUUUGCCAAAUAAUUUCUUUUUAUACAAAAGUAAAAAUAUAAGUAAUACUGCCACUUAAAGGUUGAAUAUGGAACACAGACACCAAAGUGACAUCUAGUGUGUAGAGGUUAUAGUUGCAACAACAGAACAAAUUUUCCAGCCGUCGGGACGGCGGUUCACUGCUGAUAUGUGAAAUGACCAGCCAGCACCAUGUGACCAAUCAGACAGGGUAAGGACUCAUUUGUACUUAUACGUUCAUUUUAAAACAGUAUUUAUCGUUAGAUCAUCUUCUGGGCUCAGAUCAACUUGAUCAACUUGUCGAGUCCGCCAUUUUACGCCUCACCUUGCCAAGCGGACCUUUUACUGCAAUGAUGCCCUCUAGUGGCAGAUGAAAACAUAAACCCAGUGUCGUGCCGUCAAAGUAAAUACUUGAUCUUUUAUUUUAAAUAUAGAUUUUAAAGGAAAGACUGUACAUUCAUUCUGCACAUCUUCACAUAACCCAUGGAGGUAUUAAUGUUUUUAAAUACUGCUUUUUAUUAAGUUGUUCCAUAUUCAACAUUUAAGGAGAAAACACAGAACACUGAUUUCUUAUUAAAACCCUACAGUUUAUAUUUCAAAUGUAUGAUAGAGCUACUGUUUUAAUGCUCUUAUAACUGCAGUUUUAUGCCAUUUGAAUGUUGCUUCUCAUCACACGUCCAUUUUUGUUCUAUUCUCCUCAUGCAUGUGGAAAAAUGUUUGUACAUAGCAACAAAGAAGUUGUGACACUUUUGUAAAAAUGUUUAUUUCCUACCUAAAAUCUAAAUUUGAGAUUAAGAAAAACCAAAAUAAAAACUGAAAUAUUUGUACUUUUUGUUAGUUUUGCACUUUGGAAGGUUUUUGCUCUCAUGCUAAUAUGUGUGCACAUUAAAACACAGUUCAAAGAUUUGCAAGACCACAGUUUUGUCGUGGAUCUACUUAAGUUUAGUUUAGUUUUACAGUUUUAUUUAGCAUAAAAUAAAAUAAUUUUUUAAAGUUUAUUUAGUUGUUGUUUUAUAAUUGUGCACAAAAACAUUUAUAACCCAAAAGAAGCUAAAAUAAAAUGCAUAGCUACUGUGCAUUGCAAAAAAAAAAAAGCUGCAUGUCUAUUUGUUGUGUUUCCUUUUGUGCUUGUUCUGUUUUUGUUAAUUUGAAUCAUGUAAGUUAAAAAUUCUAAUUGAUUAUUACAGCUUUGAUGCUGGUGAGUCAGAGUUGCCAAAUUAUGUUUUAAGAUGGAAAAUAGGACAUCAGGAUGAUCACAUUUUUAUUUACUGUAAAUCAGUUCAUUUCUGAUGAGCCUGAAUGAUGCGUCCUACUCCUAAAUCCUAAUUAAAUAAAACGAUAUCGACUGAUUUCUC